AAGUGAUAUGAGACCUGUCAGUCAGUUAUAGCUUAAUAGCAUAGCUGGCUAACAGAAGUGCCCACCUGCUCCCGAGGAAAACAUCAGAGUCGCUUGCCGGCGGCACACCUGUCAUCAUGGUUUUGUUGUGGUGUAAAUUGUGACGACUAACGCCACGAUGAUGAACGACAUCAUAGAGGAACCGGAGAAGGACACACUGCUGGAAGUGGCAGAGCCACAAGUUUUAUCGGGACCCAGCAGUGGCACAAGACCUAAGACUGCUGAUGGAGGCAUCAGGCCUGUGGAGAAAAGAGGACCUUAUAUCAUGUCCAGAGCUCCAGCCAUCCACCUCAAACUACAGAAACACAGGGAGAUGGCGAGGAAAGCGCUGAAGAAGAAAGCUCUGUCACCAGGACCUCCAGUGAUGCAUCAGCCCAGACAAGGAGUCAAGAGGACGGUGAAGUAUAACAAGGGCUACGCUGCUUUGAGUCAGCAUGCUGAGGACACUUUGGUUGCACUGGACUCAGACAGUGAUGAAGAGAUCGAUUUUGAGCAGUAUUCCUCAGGAUACUCUUCAGCUGAGGUCCAUCCUGAUUUAAGCAGGCAGCUGCUUCAAGACGGCUACCGUCUGGACGAGAUCCCUGAUGACGAGGACCUGGACCUGAUUCCACCCAAAGCCAUGGGCUCCUCUGUGUGCUGCUGCUCCGAGGGCCCAUCAUGCUCCAUGCAGUGAGGCUGGUGCCGUGACUCAAACCUUACAAUGGCUUGGCUCCAGUUCCAAUUGCUGACUUUAGUCACUGGUGCCUAAGGCCUUCUUUCUAACCCAGCUCCACUGCUGCGCUGCCUGAGGACUUCAAGCCCAGAAGCCAAACUCCUGUUCAUGCAGGACUGCAUGAACCGUGAUCGCUCGACCCAAGAGAAAGCGCUGAUGGACGUAAGAACAAGCCUUAUCCACUGUGACCCCAAAGCUUGACCUAUAUUUUUAUUUUCCUUUUUAUAGAUCUACAGGAAAUACUAACUAUGCCACAGCUUCAAAUUGAGCGGGAGGGUAAUUCAUCAUUUGGGAUGUGUUACUGUCUUUUCCUCUAUGGUGAACAGGUCUGCAGGCCUCUAAGCCCAACAUGCAUACAAGUAUGGUGUAUUGUGUUUUAAUGUUCCUGUUCUUUGGUGAAUUUGACUAACUGCUAUAUGAAGACACCUCACAUAGACCAUUUACAUUCCCUGACUACUGUUGCAUUAACUGGCUGUUUUUUUGUUUUGGUUUAUUUUUUCUUUACUGUAUCAGUCCUCAAAAAUUAUGAGUUUUAUUCCAAAAUGAGAUGGCCAUCAUUUAGGGAAAAUGAGACAUUAUUGUUAUUAUUUGAACAGAAAUAACAUCUUAAAGAAUAUGUUUUUCUAAAUUAAGCAGAGCAUUGGAUUGAAAUGGGACACGUAGUGAAACUACUUAGUUUCUUAAUGGGUCAUGUAUAAUGAUAAUUAUUUUUUCAGCAAGUUCUGAUAUCUCAAAGACCUUAAGAGAAGUAUAGAAGAUAAUCCAGGGCCAGGAUUAUCUUCUGCUGGUUCCAUAUGUUCUGCUUUUCAUCUGAGAAUACAAGGAACUCAAUACGUUUAACAAAUUGGCACUGAGCAAACAUACCACCAUAUACAUGCUACAUACCAAGAAGGACUCACUCAAUCACUGCCUACAGAGAGAUUUUCUGACAAAAUUAGAUAUCCACUGUUAGAAAGAAUAAUACCUACACUUGCCACAUUUUUCGCAACAGUAUACUGCACAAAAUGUAAGCAGAUGAGUUACUGACGUGCUUUGAUAGAACCAUUGAUAUUUGAUUAGAUUGGACUUUACAUUUCAUUCUAGAAACCAAAAUCUGCUAUAUUUAAAAAUGCUGCUACAAAAAGAUUGUACGCCUGAAAACAAAAUACAUUACAGAUUCCCAUAUAAAUCAUUUUGUCAUCUUAAGACAUUUGUUUAUGUGGUUAGAUUUGUAUAUGUUUAAAUCCUAUUUAUUUUUUUCUUUAAUUGAUGUGCUUUAGAAAACAAUUUGGCAUGGAUAGGAAGUUUUUGUUUGUUUGUUUUUUUUUUUUGCCAGGAUUGAUAUGUAGCAUUUUGGAUUCAAACCUUAUCCAGGAUGUGAAGUAACUCUUAAAAAAGGAUGUGUCAUCUUUAACACCUCACAGUGUGUGUGGAUGGCACAUCAUUUACAUUAUUUUAUUUAUUUAUUUUUUAUGUAUUUGAUGGGACACUAAAAAAAGAGUUGUUACAUGUUAAAGACAGUAGACCAGAUUUGAAUUAGAAUUGUAGUAAAUGGCUACCACUAUUAGCUGUUAAUCUUUUGAGAUGUAAAACUAUAUUUACACACAUCAGUUCAUAUUCUUUUCGAUUUGUGUUAUUGUGUGUCUGUUUUUGUUUCUUACACAAUAUACACAUGGAUGUGCUGAAACUGGCAAUCUUUAAUAUAUAUAAAAUUUAUAAUAUAAAAACUUAUCUGUUCACUCACGUUACUGUUCCGGGUCAUAUUUUACUAUUAAUUAUAGGUGUUUAUUUUGAAACUGAAUUAACAAAAAAUGGUCAAUAUCAGAGCAAAGUGACAGUACUCACUUUCUCAGGAGAUUUUUUUUAUAUGUGUGAGUGCACAACUAGAAAGUAAUUUGCCUUUCACAUAUAUUUGUAAAAUAAAAAAAGUUUGAAAACUGCACAACUGAUUAAGUGCAUAGAGGUUUUAAGUCAGGAUAAAUGUGUGGCCACUGUUUUACUUAACCUGUAGACCACACAGUUUUUUAUGCUGUGAUGUUGGUUGUUACAAGGCGAUACUCAGUCAUAUAAAUAAAUGGUGUAGGAGACCACUUGACCACCAUAAAGAGGUUGAGGACUGGAAAGAAGGACAUUUUUUGCUAGAAAAAGUGGGAACCUUGAUUCGUACACUACAGAGUUGGGAUCAAUUCACAAACUCAAAAGUGGAUUUUGUUCAAGCUUCUGCAAUGAAAACGCCAGGUGUUGAAAAUGUUACAAUAUUAACAGGAGCAAUGUACACUAUCUCCUCCCAGCACUCCAUGGUUGUAAUGCGGGCGGUUUGGGAAUAAAAGCUGAUUCUACUCUA